UCCCUCCCUCAUUCACUGUGGCGGGACGGUGAAAGCGAGUUCCGAAGGCUGGCGGAUGAGAGGAGAGGCUGGGAAAGGGGGAGAGGCUGGAGGACGAGGACGAAGAGGAAGGAAACAUCCCGCUCGCCUCUCCCUUCUGCCGCUUCUUCAGUGUGGCGGGUGGGGAGAAUUCAUUUUUUGCCUCCGCGCGGGCAGGACGUGCAGCCUGACGCGUCUCCCUGGGUGGCGGGACAUGGAUAUGAAGAGAGUUGCGGGUAAGAGAAUUCUGGACUGACAAGGUUGACAGAUGUGUUUUGCUAAUGGGUGUGAGUAAACUAGAUGUCUUAUACAGGCGCCUACUUCUCACUAAGCUUUUUAUUCAAGGAUGGGGAAGACCAGAAGACUUGAAAAGAAUAUUUGCAUUCAGAAAGAUUAUUGGAAACAGAGAAAAAUGUCAAAAUCUGGUUUCAAGAGACUAUCCAGUGCACAUCAACAAGGUUGAAGAACAAUCAGACUGUAAGAUCCUUGAUGGACAGUUCAUUUCCCCCUUGGCUCAUUAUGUACCAGAUAUCAUGCCACCAGAAUCCAUCACAGCAAGGUUUCAGUUUUUAGUACCCAAGCUAUGGAACAGCAAAUACAGACCAGUGUGCAUUCAUUUAGCAGGCACUGGCGACCAUUACUUUUGGAGACGACGCACGUUAAUGGCCCGUCCAAUGAUCAAAGAGGCCUGCAUGGCUUCACUGUUGUUAGAAAACCCUUAUUAUGGAUGCAGAAAACCCAAGGAUCAGUUAAGAUCAUGUCUGAAAAAUGUCUCUGACCUGUUUGUCAUGGGAGGAGCUCUUGUGCUAGAAUCAGCUGUUCUUCUGCACUGGUUAGAAAGAGAAGGCUAUGGACCCCUUGGGAUGACAGGAAUAUCCAUGGGAGGACAUAUGGCAUCAUUAGCAGUGUCAAACUGGCCUAAACCGUUGCCACUAGUUCCUUGUCUCUCCUGGUCUACAGCCUCUGGUGUUUUUACUACGGGUGUACUGAGCAAGGCAGUGAACUGGAGACAGCUUGAGAAACAGUAUUAUUCAGAGAGUGUUUAUGAAGAAGAGAUCAUUCAAAUGCUUGAAUAUUGUGGAACAGAUUCAUUCAAGAUGGGACAAGACUUUGUUAAAAAUUCUCCUGGCAGUGUGGACAGUUUAAGCAAUCUGGAUCUGCAUUCCGGUAUGCUGAACCUGGAUACCAGAAGCAAAGCUCUAUCUUCGGAAGCUGGUCACUGCAGUAGCAGAACUCCUCUAAGUGCCUCAGCGGAAGGACUGUUAGUGCAAGAGGCGUCAAAAAUGCAGUGCAUAAACCAGACGUUUUCAACCAGCAGCAGUAGCAAUAAGGAUUUUACCAGUAAUCAGAAGCAUCUGAUAAGUGGAAAAAGGGACAGUUUACAAAGAGAAUCUUUAAGAUUCAUGAAAGGGGUGAUGGACGAAUGUACUCAUGUAGCUAAUUUUUCAGUUCCAGUUGAUCCAACACUAAUCAUAGUAGUUCAAGCCAAGGAGGAUGCUUAUAUUCCAAGAACUGGUGUACGUAGCCUUCAAGAAAUAUGGCCCGGAUGUGAAAUCAGAUACUUGGAAGGAGGUCAUGUUAGUGCAUACCUCUUCAAACAAGGAUUGUUCAGACAAGCUAUAUAUGAUGCCUUUGAACGCUUUCUCCAGAAAUACGCUGUAUAGCUCUGUCCUUUGGAGCCGCUCUAUAUAGACUUGUUCUGAGCUCUUUUUUACAUGGAUCCUCAUGUUGACUUCAUGUGGAGAACAAGUCAGACAUAAGUUCAGUUAAGUCACCAACUGGACGGUAAAUUGAACUUGGCGUUAUAUCAGAAUGAAAUCAACCAAUUUCAAACUUGCACCAGUCAUGCCAAUGACAAUUUUAGCACAAUUUCUUAAUACAGGUAAUGUCUGUCUAAAGAAUAGGCUGAUUUUUAAGACUAUUGUUAUUUCGAGAGUACACUCAUCCUUUGAAGAGAGACCAAUACAGGCUGCUUAAAUUUGGUUUAUGUAAAUUUUAGCAUAAGUUUCACACCCCAGGUUGUGACUAGGACUAGGAAUUCAAAAGUUAUUUCAGGGAGACCAACUAGACUCUCAAUAAUGAGCUCAACUUGAAAAGUUUAUUCAUAAUAAAAAUUAUUAAGAUGGCCUAUGCAGACUCUGGGGAGUAGGCAGCUACAAACCCCCACAAUCUUCAGUGUUCCCUGGCUCUAUUUCAACUUCAGUUGGAAGAACAAAGUUUGCACAUUACUUUCCUGCACCUCAUAAUUGCUUCUUUAAAACUAUUUGUCCACCUUUAAUCAUUCAAAGCAGCAUGCUAGGUGUGCUCUUAAUUUAAAAUGGAGGGAGGAGGUGCUUACUUCUGUUGAGGAAUCAUAAAAUGUUAAUUGACUGAAUUGUUAUACCUGAAAUGAAAAUAAAGUGUGAAUCCUUCUGUA